AUGGAAGACACGUCACCCGUCAAGGGCAGUCCCCGAGCUAGCCCGAUUUCCAAACCCCAAAUCGAUCUCUGCACCGACCCCAGUAUCCCACCCUCCGAUGGAAGAUGCCUGCUUCUGGAAGCCGCCGCCGAAGUGCGCUCACGUAUCUACGAGGAGCUGUUCAACGAACUCGGUAAUGGUCUUUUUAUCAAUCUCUUUGAUAACGAGGGGGGAUUACCAAUACUCGAAGAUAACUGGGCAACUUCAUUUAGCGAGCCAGUUUCGCUGGAGCUAGACAUUCGUCAAACAUGCAGAAUGGUCAAGCAAGAAGUGGAACCGAUCUGGGCCUCUCAUUACUACUUCCUUAUCACCUGCUGGGCUCCGUUCACAGGUGCCCGGCUCUACGAUAAGUUCUCUCGGUCGAUCAGCGAGAACAUUCAGGAAGUCAUGUUGUACAGCGAACCCCUUCAUAGCUGUGCACCCGCUACAAUCGCGGAGCUCAAGAAGCUGCGGUCGCUCAAGAUCCUUGAGAUUCACGACAAUGGCGAUGUUUGGGAGAAAAGGACCAUGGUGCUUCAUCUCGGAGGUCUGCCCCCGACCAAGUGGGAAAACAUGGAUCGAGGCCUCAACUGUGAACGCUUCGUUCAGCUUUGGUUUGAUCUCGUUGCUAAUGACCAGAGGGAGGUGGAGCACGUAAAGCAGACUGCUCAGGAUAUCGAUUCAGACAGCCCCGAUAGUUCGGAAGAGGCGGAACGCGCUCUUCCUGAGGCUAUCCAACGUGCGCAGAGAUGGUUUCCCCACCUUGCCGACAAAGAGCAGCGGUCCUUCGCCGUGCGAGUAGCUUUCUAUGUUGAUGUCAGGGGCUGGAAUACUGAAUGCCUUCAUCAUCCACAGCCGAGUGGGUUGCUCACAACGCAUUCCCAGAUCUAUGCACCAUUGUUUGAUCUCGAUACGCGUGAAGUCCUGGAGAACAAGAAUUGGGCGAAUUGA